AUGUCAGUGCCAAUCCUGGUGCUGAUCCCAAUCCUGGUCCCGAUCCCAAUCGCGCGGGGGUGCCGCGGUGGCGCGGGCGGGCGGCAGCAAUGGCGGCGGCGGCGGGAGCGGGAGCGGGGGACAGCGGCGGGGGCAGCGGCGGCCCCGCCGCGGGGCAUCCGCGCCUGGCUGCGGAGCGCCUUCCGCUUCGCCACCGACCGCAACGACUUCCGCAGGAACCUGCUGCUGAACCUGGGGCUCUUUGCCGCCGGGGUCUGGGUGGCCCGGAACCUGACCGACAUCGACCUGAUGGCCCCGCAGCCCGUCCCCUAGCUCCGAGCCGGAGCUGCCGGGAGCAGAGCUCGCCCUCCCACCACGACUGGAGCUGUGGAGCUGCACUGAUCCCCCCGGAGCUGCUCUGGUCCCUCUGGAGCUGCUCUGACCCACCUGGAGCUGCUCUGAUCCCCCCUGGAGCUGCUCUGGUCCCACCUGGAGCUGCUCAGAUCCCACCUGGAGCUGCUCAC